AAUUAUCUUAGUCCGUACUCCGUGGUCUUAUAAACCAAAACUAAUAUUAUUAGUGAUUCUGUCGAUUUUUUUAUCGGUUUUGAUGAACGUCAUACGUAUUACGUAGCUCUUGGACAUUUUUUCAAUCUCAUUAUUUUGUUAAUUUGUUUCAUCAUCAAGUAUACUCGUAAUCGUGGUAAGUACCAACCAAUAUCAAAAUAAUAUUGUGUAGAAUUCUAUUUUAUUUCAUCCCUAUUUUUUUUUAGUCCUACUGUUAGUUAAUUCGAUAUCAGUUGACAGUAGUACCUACAGUGAUUACUUUGUUCUGAUUACUUUGUAUACAUUUUUUUAUAUUAUUGUAGCUAUUUUUACGUUUUAUCAUUUUUCAACUGUAGAUUGUGAAAAUGACGCUAUGCUCUGUUUUUAAUUGUAAUGAAAGAAGUGAAAAGCAAUCUUCAUCUGGAGUUCAUUUUCAUGUCUUUCCUUGUCGAUCCAAAUCACCUACUAGGUUUCGAAGUUGGGUCAAUUAUUGUAAACGAAAAAACUUUAAUCCUGGUAAUGGCGCGAGAAUUUGCUCAAAGCAUUUUAAGACAGAAGAUUAUAACCAGUCAGAUUUAUUACGACAACAAUUAAUGCCAAAUAUAAAAGUCAAAGUAAAACUUAACGCCAAUGCUGUUCCUACGGUUCCUCAAAAUACACCUUCUACUUCAAAUUCUUCAAAUUUAUCCGAACGAGAAAAGAGAAAAAGAAAAAAAGAAAAAAAACAAAUUAUAUCUUCUAUUAUGACAAGUACACCAAAAAAGUUAAAGCCCUCAUUUGGGUCUUUUGAAAAUAGUGAAUGUGAAUCUAGUGAUGUUGAUGAAGUAGAAGGCGGUAAUUUAGUACCGAUUACAAAUGAAUCAUUUAUGGUUGGUAAAAAAAACGAGAUCGGUAUACAAUGUGAAUUAGGUAGUGAAGUAUUAAAAAGUCACCAUGAUUUAUCAUUAAAUUUAUCACUUGAUGAGUUUUCAACUUCGGAGGAUGAAAGUUUUGAAGUUUAUGAUGAGGACAUCGAAGAACUUCAAACUGUAAAAAAUACCAUAAAGAAAUCUAAAGAAAUAGAACAUGAUUCGUGUUACAUUAUUUUCUGGGAGUCUUUGUCAAUUUUAUUUACACGUUGUCAUUACUGUAAUGCUAAAGUGGAAAAUAUUCAUAGUUACACCAAGGGAGCAAUGUUGGCUGUACAAACUAUAUGUGAAAAUAGACAUAUUUUCAAAUGGACGUCUCAACCAUUAUCUGAUAAACGUCUUGUAGGAAACAUUUUAAUGGGAGCUGCUUUAACAUUAUCGGGUGUAUUAUUUAAUCAAAUGAAAACAUUUUGUUCAUCUUUAAAACUUGCAUUUUUUUCAAGAACAGUUUAUGAUAAAAUCAUUAACAACUAUACAGCACCUGUAAUAAAACUAAUUUGGGAUCAACACAGACAAAAUAAUAUAAACGAACUAAAAACAGGUACAAGUAUUUGGUUAGCUGGUGAUGGUCAAUUUGACUCCCCCGGUUUUUGCGCCAAGUACUGCACGUACUCAGUCAUGGAUGUCCGAAGCUCCAAAAUAAUAGAUUUUAAAAUUACUCAAAAAGGAAUGGUCCAGGGUGACUUAGAAAAAAAAGCAUGUGAAUCACUACUUCAAGAACUUGAAAAAAACGACGAUUGUAACAUUAAUGUAUUUUUAACAGAUCGACACAAGGGAAUUCGUUGUUAUAUUCGAACACAUCAUCCGAACAUCGAACAUGAGUUCGAUGUUUGGCACUUAUCAAAAAGUUUGACAAAACGACUAAAAACACUAGAAAAAAAUCAUCCUAGUGCCUUUAUGUGGAAAACGAGUAUAAUAAACCACUUGUGGUGGUCUGCUCAAACGUGCAAUGGUAAUGGAUCUGUAUUAGUUGAAAAAUUUACAUCAGUUUUGUAUCACAUUUCAAAUAUUCAUCAGUGGAAUGAUAAUGGCCAGAUAAAAAAAUGUGAGCAUGAUCCACUCACCGACGAAGAAAUAAAAAAUAAACUUUGGAUUCAUAAAAAUAGUGAUUCAUAUUUUGCGUUAAAAAAAAUUAUCACCGCCAAAGAUUUAUUGAAAGAUUUACCUCAUGCUAAACAUUUCAUUCACACGGGCCGCCUAGAGUCAUACCACAACACACGUUUAAAGUAUAUGCCAAAACGUAUACAUUUGAAGUACGAAGGCAUGUAUAUUCGAUCAAUAAUUGCUAUUUUAGAUCACAACAAUAAUACCGACAAAAAAAUAGUUGGAGAUAAAAUGGUUUAUUCCAAACCUCUAGGACGGUAUACAAUAAAAAAUACGUAUGAAAACACGGAAGGAAAUUGGAGAAUAGACAUUAUGAAGAAGGUCCGUUUGAUGGCGAUAGAAGGUUCUUCGGGACCACUGAAACUACCAGAAAAAAAUUUAAUACCAAAAAAUAUUGUACAGACACCAAAGCCAGAUAUUGAAGAAUUAAAAUCAAAAAAGUAUUCUAGGUUUAAGUAA